AGUAACCGGAAGUGCCUUCGUUCGUGCCCACCCUUUUGGCCGCCGCCUUCUUCCCCGGUGUCGCUGGAUCCGGUUUGCCGUGGCCGAGUGAAAGUCACUUUGAGGUCUGCGCUCGAUCGCCGCCGCUGCGCUGAGGAGAGGACGGGCCUGGGCCGGGGAUACAGAAAAUGGCUGACAACAUUCGAGAGAAGUUGGCAAACUAUAAAACAGCUCCUUUUGAUAGCAGGUUCCCCAACCAAAACCAAACACGCAAUUGCUGGCAAAACUACCUUGAUUACCAUCGCUGUGAGAAAGCCAUGGCUGCCAAGGGAGGAGAUCCUUACGUUUGCCAGUGGUACAAAAGGGUGUACACGUCCCUCUGCCCUAUUUCUUGGGUCACUGCUUGGGAUGAACGCAUAGAAAACGGGAAUUUUCAAGGCAAGAUCUGAUUGUCUCGUGCCUGCUGAAUGGCUCAGGAUGAUGCAGCACUGCUGAGUCCUCUCUGUGGGGUGACUCUGAAGGAAUGUCCGACAUCUGUCGCCUCUCCGGUUUCUGUUUGUCUUGAAAAUCCAUCAUCAUGUGAUGGUGCAGAGUCUUGGGCUUUGCCAAUUCUCAUUAAAUCCUAUUGAAACCUGU